AUGGCCUGGGUGCAGUUAGGUACCAGCGCUCAAGGGCCCCUCCCGCCAAAAGACCUUUCCAGGCCCUUGACCCACUACUUCAUCAGCAGUAGCCACAACAGCUACUUGGUCGGAGAUCAAUUAAACACCAAGGCCAACGCUGAGGCAUAUCGAGAUAUUCUCUUACAAGGAUGUCGAUAUGUUGAGAUUGACGUUUGGGGCGGGGAUCCCGUCAAGCCAGACGCCCGAGACUCCUCACAGACCCAUCGGCCAAACACCUUGAUGAGCAAGGUCAGCAAAUCUCCCAAACCUGGAUCACAGGUAGAACUUGGCGAGCCCAUUGUCACUCAUGGCUGGACUUUGAUCCCCCCGUGUGGCUUCCGCGAAGUGUGUGCCAUCAUUGGAACUUCGGCCUUUGUGAACAACGAUCUACCCAUCAUUGUCAGUCUUGAGGUGCAUGCAGAUACCGAGCAGCAGGAGGCGAUGGUGAGGAUCAUGAAAGAGGAAUGGGGGGAACUCCUUCUCGAUGAACCUCUUGGGGGUUAUGAUCCGAGAUUCCGUCUUCCAAAGUUGGGUGAUCUGAGGCGCAGAAUCCUCGUCAAGGUGAAGAAGAGCCCUGCUCGCGCCAUCAAGACCGCUACCUCGAGCGACUCGGAAAGCUCGAUUCAGGACCUGAAACCUAUGAGCGACUCGAACCCUAAAGCAAAGUCAUCCAGGAUUGCCAUCUGUCAGGCCCUCAGCGAUCUUGCCAUCUACACGCAAAGCGAGGCGUUCCGCGGCUUUGAUACUCCAGCAGCAAGAAAGCCGUCUCACAUCUUUUCUCUAAGCGAAACAAAGCUGCUUGAGCUUGAUGAAGCAGACGGAACUGGGUUGCUUUUCCACAACAAAAAUUACUUUAUGGGCUGCUUCCCGUCUGGGCGCAGAAUAGACUCAUCUAACCCUGAUCCAUCGCUCUUCUGGCAUAUGGGUGUUCAAAUGGUAGCCCUGAACUGGCAUAGUCUUGAUGAGGGCAUGAUGCUCCACCAUGGCAUGUUUGCCGAUGAGGAUGGGUGGGUUCUCAAACAUGCACGAUAUCGGAACACCGAUGGAAUAGUUGAGUUUCAGCAUGACGCCAUACCAAGGGGCGCCAGGGAUAUUUCAAUCACUAUUUUCUCAGGCUUCGACAUCCCGGAUGAUGCCGAUGAUGAACAAUACCACAUCAGACGUGACAAGAGUGUUUUACGUCCACAAGUCAAGGUCGAGUUUCACUGCGACCAGGAUGAGGGUGAUAAGGUCGAGCACAGAUUCAAGACUGAGACAGGCAAGACCAAGGAUCCUCGGUUCGGCGCCACUGGGUCAACUACCUCCUUCGACAUCGGGUGGAGCCCACCAGACGCUACACAGAUAGUCUAUCAGGAACUAACCUGCUUUAUCAGAUUCAAGGUCGUGGAUGUUCAAAAGUCUCUCGCUGCUCCACCAUUGUUAGGUUGGGCGUGCAUCCGCCUGGACCGCCUCCGUGAGGGAUACCGUCUCAUUGAACUCUCAGAUGCUCGGGGGCGUGUGACUUCAGGAGUUCUACUGGUCAAGAUUUCGAUUGAUGUAGACCCUCGUAGUAUUCCGCGGGCUCGUCUAUAUCAAAAGUAA